CCUUGCAAGAAGGCGAGAAGGAAGCAGCAGCAGUGGCGGCAGGAGAAGGCGAGGCUGCGCGCAGGGCCAGAAAGUGGCCGUUCAAGGGAGCGUGGUCGGCCGGCGGCGGCGGCGAGAUGAGCGCCACCAGGGAGUCCAAACCCGAGCACGGCCACGGCGUGAAGCGGGCGGCCUCCCCCGAUCUUGGAGCUGGUAGCUGGGAGGCAGCCGACUUGGGUAAUGAAGAAAGGAAACAAAAGUUCUUAAGGCUGAUGGGUGCUGGGAAGAAAGAACACACUGGACGCCUUGUUAUUGGAGACCAUCGAUCAACUUCUCAUUUUAGAACAGGGGAAGAAGACAAGAAAAUGAAUGAUGAGCUGGAGACUCAGUUUCAGCAAAGUAUGGACAGCACCAUGUCGGGAAGGAAUCGGCGGCAUUGUGGACUUGGUUUCAGUGAGUUGGAGGAGGAUAAAGGAGCACCAGAGGAGACACAAGAUUCCCUGGAGCCAGAAAGUUCAGAAGACUCUGAAAGUGAUUCUGACUCUGAGCAAGAUGAAGUUGUGGAAGAGCCCCCAUCUGCUGAAAAGCACAGCAAUGCUGAAGACCCGCAAGCCAAGAAAGAUGCAAAAAGCAGCUAUAAAAUGAUGUUUGUUAAAUCCAGUGGUACAUAGCUGCAGAAUGUAGCUAACUUUAGGCAAAGUAAGCCUUAUGGUUACAGUGCAAAGUAUUGGACUGCUUACAGCACAGACCUUCCCUUGGUGGUUUUAAUAAGGCCUUUUAGAGAAAGGAGUGUUUGCAUUCGCAGCACCACACCAAGAAGCUAUUUUUAUCAGCAUGACUGCCCAUUUUGUUUUGUAAAAUAUGAAAAUAAAAACAAGUGGGGUAUGUACUUAGUUCUCAACCUGCUUUUAGAUUCUCUCUCCAUAUUCCAUGAAGGCUAUUGAAUCUUUCUUAAGCUUGUUGAAUGACUUACUGAAAUGGUAUUUAAUGUCUUUAUGGAUGUCUUAUUUUUUAAGGCAGAUUUGUGUUGGGGUUUUGGAUGGUAUAAUUAUUAAAAAGUGAGAAUUGGAGCUCCUUUGUUCUGCUUGUCAUCCAAAAGAAACAGCAUUUUAGGAUAUGUCCUGCAUUACAUUUUGCAACACCAGCCUUCUGUUAGAUGCCUAGAUAGUGUCUAGAUAAGGAAUGGCAGAGCAAUCUUUUAAUGAGGAGGGGAAUCUCUUUAAAGAGGCAUUUAUGGGUGGUUUGCGUUAUGCCUAUAUAGAAACUCUAAACAGGUAUGAUCUUAUUAAAGAAAAUCUUAACAAAAUAAGUUGAUUUUCUUUUCAGUCUUGAAAAGAAAAACUUAAGUAUUGUAAUGUAAGUUACCCCAGUUUUCUCAGAAUUCAUUAAUUGGUAGGUUCAUUAAAAUCCAUUGACUUUAA